UGCGCUGUCACUCUUCUGGAAACCAACGUUUUGCUUCUGACGUGGUAUCGCCUGCUGACUGGAGUGUAACUUUUUCACACACCAGUUCAGUUAAAACCAAUUACAAUUUGUUUAUUUAGUAAAAACAGUAGUGAUAACUAGUCGAAAAAUGAAGUACACAGGAUAUUUCCUGUUUUUGGUUAGCUGCCUUAUGCCUGCCGUAUGGACGGCAAAAACAGUGUCCAAAUUUAUCACCCCCUUAGAUCAGGAUCGAUACCAGAGCAUCUUCAACGAAGGCCUGCGCUCCAAUGAUUUACAGUCCGUCUAUUAUUCCUCUCUUAAUGCAGCUGAAGUCGAGAAACCCCAGGAUUCUUGCAAGCGUCUCGUAACGGUGUACGGAGAAUCAAAAUAUAAUGACGUCGAAAAAAAUUUCUAUCUGACGGGUGCUUGGAAAAACUUCGGUUGCAAGGAACCCAUUCCAGCUAAAGUAACCGAUUCGGUGAAAAGUCUUUCUCAGAAGCAAUUCAGCUCAGCGCAGGAGCUGUACUUUUACUUCCAUUCCGUUAAAAAUAUAAACCACCCGGUUGACGAAGCCCAAAAAGUUCGGCUGGCAAAGAAUUUGCAAACGGUGCUGCUUAAGGAUGAUUCGCUAAGCAGUUUGGGUCAUGCCUUCGCAGUCGCAGCGGAAAUCGGCACUCACGGUGCAGCCACCUACGAUCGCGUCGAGGAAGCUUUCGUUCAGGCUGACGAAGUUGACGGAAAAAUGCUGCAGUUUGAGGGUGGUCUGAGUAUCACCGCUUUAAUUGUAAACAGCGCCUUCAAGCUUGCCAGCAGCCUACAGAAACCCAUUCCCAUCAACGCCGAUCAGGCGGUGAAAUUUGCCACCUAUUUCCUGUCCCGUGCUUCAGUACAAACUCCGAAAGGCGUAAGCAUUCUGCUGGAAGCAUUGAAUACGUUAUCAUCACAAAAAACAAUCGCACCGAUUUGUGUGAUGCUCUCUGGAAAUGGUCAACUUUUGCCCGAAUCACCGGUUCUUAGCGUCCGUGUGAGUGACCUUCUGGGCAAACCGUUGACUCCAGCCCUGGCCGUUGUGGGUGCCAGCGUAAAAUCUAAACUGUCCAAUGAAGUACUCGCUAGCAAAGUCAACUUGGUGCCGAGCAACUCCAACCCAAGCAUUUUCACAUACAACCUAAAAUCGUUGAACCCUCAACGGGGCCAGUACAAGGUGGACAUCGAGGCGGGUGGUUAUAAACAGACUCUCAAGGUGAACAUGCUCGGAAAGGUCGCGGUUAGCUCGUUGGAAAUCGGUGUUGGCGAUUCUGAUAGCACUUCAGCCGUCAAAAAGCACUCGGUUGAGUUCUCCAAAAAGUUAGGCGUCGAACUGGCGGCCGAUUCGCAGCAAAAGAUUGUCCUACGAGUUCAGCUGGUGGAUGAAGCCAGCAAGAAGCCAAUCAAUGUACAUCAGGCCUUUGUGUUGCUGCGCAACAAAGCAACUCAGCAGGAGAUUAUCUUCGUAGCCGAAGCGGAUUCAUCGAAGGCCUAUAAGUUUGAAAUGGAUGUCGGAGCAAGAAGUGCCGAUUUCGGUUACAAGAGCGGACUCUACUCGAUUGAGCUUAUCGUUGGAGAUGCCUUGAUAUCCAAUUCCUUCAAGUGGCUGGUAGCUGAUGUGAAUAUUAAAUUCUCCGGUGAAGCACCUAAAGAAAACGCUGCUCAACCUCGACAACCGCUGCCAGAAAUUGUUCAUCAAUUCCGCGUUCCCGAGAAGCGUCCGCCUCGUCUGGUGUCGGAUUUAUUCACCGCUCUCUGCUUGGCACCUCUAGCACUACUAUUACUGCUCUGGAUCAAGCUCCGCGCCAACGUGGCUAAUUUUCCCAUCUCGCUGGGCGCUCUUGGUUUCCAUCUAGGAUUGGGUGCAAUCCUUGCGCUAUUCGGCGUUUUCUGGCUGAAGCUGAACAUGUUCGAGACGAUCCGUUAUUUGAUUCCGUUGGCACUGGUGACGUUCCUCUGCGGUAACCGGUUGCUGCGGGCAAUUGCCGCGCGGGGCUCGGAAAAGUAGAUGUUUUAAAGGAUCUCACAGUCACACAUUUAGCCUCGCAUCUGCGGCGCGAGGUUCUACCAACGUAACACUGAUGGACAUCUGCGCCAGGGGUUUAUUGAUUUAUUCCGAUGGUGAGUCAAUAUUUUCAGUUUUAUUGGAAAUAAUCUGCGAAGGAUGGAUGUAGUGCAGUAGAGUAACCAUUGCCGGUCGUCGUUCGUUCGACUAGCUAUAAUAUGCAGUAAAAUCGAUUAAGCGAAUAUUAGUUUGAGUGGAAUAAAGUUGGACGACGUCGCAUUUAAUACAA